CACUCGGCUUCCGGGACUCCUCGUUCGGCUGUCCCGGCGGGCCCCUCCGCGCGCUCCGCAGGCCUGGGCUGGGUGAUUUCGCCCCUGCAAGUUCAGGGACCCGUCUGUGCAACCACGGGGUCUUUGGGACCUAGGUGUUCGAGCCCAGACCAAUCAUGGCCGGAAGACCCGUCCGCAUCGGCGACCAGCUGGUUCUAGAGGAAGAUUAUGAUGAGACCUACAUCCCUAGUGAGCAAGAAAUUCUUGAAUUUGCCAGAGAGAUUGGUAUUGAUCCCAUCAAGGAACCAGAACUGAUGUGGCUGGCGCGGGAGGGUAUCGUGGCCCCGCUGCCCGUGGAGUGGAAGCCCUGCCAGGACAUCACAGGUGAUAUUUACUAUUUCAACUUUGCCAACGGGCAGUCCAUGUGGGACCAUCCAUGUGAUGAGCACUAUCGGAACUUGGUGAUUCAAGAGCGGGGGAAGCUGUCAACUCCUGCAGCCAUCAAGAAGAAAGACAAGAAAAAGAAAAAGGAAAAGAAAGACAAGAAGGACAAAGAGACCUCCAAAAGCCCACUGGUCCUGGGCUCCUCAUUAGCUGCAGUCCACGUCCCUCCUGGGGGCCUGGCUCCCUUACGAGGCCUUGUGGAUGUCCCGGCCUCUGCUCUUCGAGGAUCUCAAAAUGUGAACCUGGAGAGCUCAGUGGAGUCUGGUCAGCUCGGAGAAGUCACACUGCCUUCACAGGGUCUCAAGACUUCUGCUUAUUUAAAGGGUCUCUUGGGUUCCAUCAAUGAGGACAAGAAUGCUCUCAGCCUCUUGGCUUUAGGGGAGGAGACCAAUGAGGAGGAUGAGGCAGAGAGUGACAAUCAGAGUGUCCGCAGUUCAAGCGAACUUCUUAAGAACCUACACCUGGACAUUGGGGCACUGGGGGCUGACUUUGAGUAUGAGGAGUCUCCAAGAACAAGCCAACCAGAGGAGAAGAAGGACACUUCUCUGGAUUCAGAUGCUGCCAGGCCCCCCACUCCCGGCAAGCUCUUCAGCCAGGGUGCAGACAACAGUCUGAGCAGCAGUGAUGGCACAGGGCAGCAGGGAAGAGGGGCGAGUGCUUGGCAUCUGGAAAAAGAAAAGGAUGAGAAGAGUGAUCCUGGGAUGUCCAGGAGUGGGGUGGACCCUGGGGGUGGUCAGCCUGCCAAAGCCAACAAAAAGGAGGUACCAGAGAACCCAGUGGAUGCAGGAGAGGAAGGUUCCAGGAACAGAGAGGCAGAGGAGCCCAAGGAGGAGGCUUCUGUUUGGAAAGAGAGCCAAUCACAGGCGAGCCAGGAGUCGGAGAUUAGUGAGCACAUGAAGGAGCUGCAGCUUUCAGACUCCGCUGCUUCUGACCCCAAGCCCUUCCUGGGCCUGGACUUUGGUUUCCGCAGCCGGAUAUCGGAGCAACUGCUGGAUGUUGAUGUGCUUUCCCCAGUCCUGGAUGGAGCCUGCUGGGAGGCCCAGAGGCUGGGGAGAGAAGACAAGGAUGGCAGCCAGUCCAGCCAAGAUGAGCUGCAGAACAAGCAGUCCAGAGGCUCAGAGAGGUUGUCUCCUCCACUUUUGCCUGGGAGGUGGCUCCAGAGUCCCCUUCACAGCCAGGCCACCGAAGAAGGGCCUCCUCAAGCCUCUGAGGGGCAGUCUGAGCAGGAGCAGAAGCGGGCAGAGGAGCCUGGGGAGGACUCUGCAGGCAGCCUGGUCCUGCCCAGUUCCCUUCAGAGGGAGGAGACUUCAAGCCCACCUGCUGCCCAGGAGAGGGGCAAGGAACAGCGCUCUGGGGCCAUGGAGCUGGGCCCUGGGCAGGAAGAGGCCCAGGAGCUUGAGAAGCAGGUGGCGGCCAGCCCUGCCCCACCAGUCUCUCCAGAGCUAGAGAAGAGGGCAUGCCCAGCCAUGGCAGGCCACUUGGGGAAGGACCAGGGUGUGUCAGGAGACAGAAGAGUCAAGAAGGGAGAGCAUGGCACAGAGACUUUAUUGGGGUUUCCGUGGGAAGGAAUGGAUGAGGCAGGACAAUCUACAGAGCCUGCAGCUCCCCCAGAGCAGGGUUCGCUGAAGGCCAUGGAAGAGGCCAUGGCUCAAGAACUGGAGCAAGACUGGAGGCGGCUUCUGGAAUCGAAGCAAGAGAAGAUGCAGCAGUUGCGGGAGAAGCUGUGGCAGGAGGAGGAAGAGGAGAUCCUCCAGCUUCACCAGCAGAAAGAGAAGGCUCUCAGUUCCCUGAAGGAGCAGCUGCAGAAAGCCACUGAGGAAGAGGAGAGUCAGAUGAGGGAGGAGGAGAGCCAGAGGCUGUCCCAGCUCCGGGCCCAGGUGCGGUCCAGUGCAGAGGCAGAUGAGGGCCGACUCAGGGCCGAGCAGGAGGCUUCCCUGCAGAAGCUGAGAGAAGAAUUGGAGUCUCUCCAGAAGGCUGAGAGGGCCAGCUUGGAACAGAGGAGCAGACAGAUGCUGGAGCAGCUCAAGGAAGAGAUGGAGGCCUCGGAGAAGAGAGAGCAGGCUGCCUUGAACGCUGAGAAGGAGGCAGCUUUGCGGCAGCUCAGGGAGCAGCUGCAGGGGGAGAGGAAAGAAGCGGUGGCAGCCCUGGAGAGGGAGCACAGAGCUGAGCUGGACCGGCUCUCUUCCUCGCUGGAGGCCAAGCACAGAGAGGUUGUCUCCAGCCUCCAGAAGAAGAUAGAGGAAGCUCAGCAGAAAGAGGAGACCCAGCUGCAGGGGCGUCUCAGUCGGGUGGAGCAGAGGGCUCAGCAGAAGGUUCACCAGGUCCUCCAGUAUGAGCAAGAGCUCAGUGGCCUCCUGCGGGAGAAGCGCCAGGAGGUGGAGAGGGAACACGAGAGGAAGCUGGACAAGAUGAAGGAGGAGCACCAGCAGGUGGUGGCUGAAGCCAGAGAGCAGUAUGAAGCCGAGGAGAGGAAGCAGCGGACAGAACUCCUGGGCCACCUGACCAGGGAGCUGGAGCGCCUGCGAAAGUCACACGAGCGAGAAUUGGAGGCCGUGAGGCAGACACAGGACAGGCAGCUUGAGGACUUGCGGCGUCGGCACUGGGAGCAGGAAAGGAAACUCCAAGAUUUGGAGGUAGAACUUGAAACCAGAACCAAAGAUGUCAAGGCCAAAUUGGCUCAGCUGGAUCUCCAGGAGGAGACUGCCCGAAGGGAGCAGCAGCAGCUCCUUGAUGUGCAGAGGCAGGUUGCGCUAAAGAGCGAGGAGGCCACGGCCAACCAUCAGCACUUGGAGGAGGCAAAGAAGGAGCACACCCACCUGCUGGAGUCCAACCAACAGCUCCGGAAACUUCUCGAUGAACUUCGGGCCCACAAAUUGGAGCUGGAGUCCCAGGUAGAUGCGCUGCAGACCCAGAGUCAGAGGCUACAGAAGCAAGUCAGCGACCUGGAGGCUGAAGCCCAGAGGAAGCAGGACAUACUGAAAGAGCUGGCAGCUAAGGAGAGUAACGCUUCUGCACAGUGUGAGCUGGAUCUUCGCAUUGAGGACCUGAGGAAAUCCUUUGGGACAAACCAGACCAAAGAGGUAUCCUCUACUCUCUCCCAGAGCAAGGAGGAGACCAACUUGUCCUUGGACAGUGUCCGACACUACCUCUCUGCUGAGGGCAUAGCGCUCCGUAGUGCCAAGGAGUUCCUGGUGCAGCAGACACGCUCCAUGCGGAGGCGGCAGACGGCCCUGAAGGCCGCGCAGGAGCACUGGCGCCAGGAGCUGGCCAGUGCUCAGGAGGCCACCCAGGAUCCCCCAAGCGCCAAGGCCCUGGAAGAUGUGCGCAAGGACCUGGAGGAGGAGACCAGGCAUCUGGAUGAGAUGAGGUCAGCCAUGCAGAAGGGCCAUGACCUGCUGAGGAAGAAGGAGGAGAAGCUCAUUCAGCUGGAGUCCUCUCUUCAGGAAGAGGCUUCAGAAGAGGACACUCUGAGAAGAGCCCCCACCAAGAAGGUGGUGACUUUUGACCUCAGCGACAUGGAAGACAUGAGCAGCACCAGCUCUGAGGCCUGCUCCCUGCCUCACAUCAACCUGACCACCAGUGCCGCCUUCCCCAACGAGUUCCACUAUUUGAGCAAUUCCCUGCAUCAGAUCAGCAGCCAACUGAAUGGUGUCCUCAGCAUGCUGGGCAGUCUCAACCCGCAGCUGCCACCACCGCUCUUCACUGCUACACCGGUGCACACCCUGGCCCGGGACCCCAGGAGUGCCCCCACGCCCACCUGCCCCUCCUUGGCCCGGGUCUCAGCCUCACCGCUGGGUAGGCCUACAUCCACCCAGUGGGCCUGGGACCCCGGGUUGGGCCCCAGGCUCUCCUCCUCUGUGACUCAGACAGUGGACGACUUCCUGGUGGAGAAGUGGCGCAAGUAUUUUCCAACUGGAGUUCCGUUCCUCAGCAGCAACCCUGCCCCACUGGAGAACAGGCUGGGUUAUGUGUCUGCCAGUGAGCAGCUGCGCCUCCUGCAGCGGUCCCAGGCCCACGGCCCCGGGGUGGGCAGCCCUGACUUUCAGAGCAUGAUCGAGGCCAACCGCAAGUGGCUAGAACAUUACAGGAAUGACCCCACGCUACAGCUGUUCUCUUCAGUGCCCAAGCCAGCGGCUGGCUCCAGACUCCUGCAGCUGGGCCUGGAUGAGCACAACACACUGAAGGUGUAUCACUACUAGGGCCCCGACCUCUCCCGCGCCCGGACCAAGUGCCUGAGGAGCUGCCUGCGCUCUGUUCCUUCUGAGCGAGCGUUCUCCUGCCCCAGGUGCCCUAUUUGCUGCCUGCCCCAGUCAGAGGAACCAUGGAGGCCAGGGCUGGGUGGAAAGGAUGGUGCCACUGAACACUGUAAGCUGCCCCUCUGAGCCCACAUGUAUCACGCUGAAGAAUGUGGACUUCUGGGAACUCCCACCUGGAUGAGGCAGCAUUGACAUGGGGUGAUGGAGACCCGGGAGCCUUCAGGAGGGAGGACAUGGUAUUAGGAGUUGCCUCCCAAGGCCAAGGGCCUCCCGUUGGAGCUGAGUUGAUCCCCUGGACCUGCAGGGGGCUCCAUGCUUAGUGCUCCUGCAGUGAUGUGCAUAUGGUCCUUAAUUCAUAGAACAAAGCCCCCCAGCAUGUCUGUACCCUGGGGGACCAGGCUUUAAUACCUCAGCCUCAGACAGACCCUUUUCUUUCUUUUUUCGAGUCUCCUUAUUGAGCAUUCUAUCUCAGGAUUGGGCCCAGAGCUCAUACAGAGGUUGCUGGUAGUUGGCCCCCAGAAGCUCUGCUGCCUCUCCUCCCUCUGCUGGCUCUGUGCUUUCCUCAGGGGCACCCCCUUCCCUUCCCUUGGGCUCCUCCCUGGAGCCUCCCCCCGGCCCCCAAGUCUCAGGUUGCAAGCAUACAACUUUCAAGAAGCCAACAAGCCCUAGGAAAAGCCUGGGAUGGCUUUGGGUCCUCAUCUUAGUUUUGUCUUUCUGGGCCGCCACGGAGAAGGGGGGGUUCUUGUUUCCACCCCUCUAGCAUCCGUCCUCAGAGCUGGUAGGUCGGUUCUGAAGGCAGCACCUGGCACCGGCAGUGGGGAUCUUGUGCCAGGUCGAGCCGCUGCCAUUCUGGCACGGCUCCCCGCAGUCCCGCUUCCCAUCAGAGGGCUCCUCGAGGGGCUGCAGGCCAUGUUCUCGGACAUCUGUCCCAUUGUUUAAAUAAAAUGUCCCCGUAUUUGUCUCAAAAGCUAUGGGUUGCCCUCGCCUCUCCACUGCAUACAAACCAAGUCUCUGCCAGCCUCUCACUCAGUUCUUUGUCCGGAACUAAGAAACUUUUUACCUCCCUCCCCCUCCACCCCCACCCCUUAGGCAUCAGUCUACCAUAGAGAAAAAAAGUCCAUUUUGUUAUUUGGCUCAUGCUGUGUGCUUUGGGGCUAGCUCAUGUGUUACAACCAACUCUGGUGACAAUCCUGUGUUUUCUACAGCAAUUAAAUCCCUGCAGGUCCAUUUGCCACAAGGCAGCUGUGUGAAUGUGUCUCCUCCUCUUUGAAGGCCCUGGCCUCCUUCCUCUUAAGAAUAAAGGAAGGAAAAAUUAACAUUCUCAAACCCCUUCCUAGGUGGUCUAAUCUACUCACAACAAGCCUGUAAUACAGGUGUGGGGAGGAAAACCCAGGGGCUCAGAGACCUGCAGGUCCCGAAGGAAGUAGCCUAGUUUCUGCCACAUGAGAGCCCUUGGCCUCUCAUCUGUGCCCCCAGAGCUGCCUGUCCCUGCUGCGUGGAAACCUCAGGAAGCACUGAUAUUCUUCAUUCCCCGCCCCACUCUGCCACCUACCAGCUGGAGACUCACCGUGCCAUCUCCCAGACUACUCGGCAUCGUUUUCUGCAUGUACACAAAUGAAAGCCAAGCCCCCUGAAGCCCUAAGCUGGCAAAGUUAGGUGGGUUUUGUUUUCUGCUCCAGUGGUGUGAGCAGCCAACAUAGUUUUGGAUUUAUAGCAACAGAAUUGCUAGGAGAACCAACCCAGGUGGCUGUGUUUCACAGAUUUGCAUGAGACAACCACUUCAAACAUACAGCUUAAUGGAGCCUCCUCUGUGUCCCAGUGUCCUACCUGCUCUGAUGAAGGGAGGGAGGAGAGAUGCUAACAUUGGUCGAACCUUCCGUGUGCAGGUGCCUUUCAAAUAUUACCUAAUUUAACCCA